ACGUCGGAUGCCAAGUUUGAGUCCGGGGACGUGAAGGCCACUAUUGCCGUGCUCAGCUUCAUCCUCUCCAGUGCAGCCAAACACAGCGUAGACAGCGACUCUCUGUCCAGCGAGCUGCAACAGCUGGGGCUGCCCAAAGAACAUGCCACAGGAUUGUGCCGGUCUUACGAGGAGAAACAGAGCCCCCUGCAGGACAGCCUGAGGACACGCAGCCUGAGAU